GAUUGAGAGGGGGCAACACUUCUGAUCAGAGGCUCAACAGCGCAGGGCAGUUUCUUCAGAGGAGCGAAGAGGAAGAGUGCGCGAGAGAGGGUGCCCCAUCCUUCACACAAACUGGAGGAAUCCACACUCCAACACUAAUGGCUGUUUGAGAAAAUAAUAAUUUCCCCCCUCUCUCUUUCUCUGGGACUUUUGGCUACUAGUUAUCUCCUAAUCAGAAAUUGUCACAAGUAUUUUUUCAGUUGCUCUUGAAAAAUUAAUCCGCCUUUGCCGUGGACGUCCCUGGCGACCAUGGAUACCCAUAUAAGAUGGAAAGUAAAACGGAGGAUAAAGGACGCGCAAAUCACUUUAGCAAUAAUUCUACUUUUUGUCACAUCGCAAGCCAGUUCAGUGGAGCCAGCGGACCUCUUGAAGAUUUUAGAUUUUCCCAGUUUACCUGACGGCGUUACGAAAACGACAGGUUUCUGCGCGCAUAGGAAGUCAACAAAAGGAGCCGAUGUGGCCUACAGAGUAUCCAAAGAAGCCCAGCUCAGCGCCCCCACCAAACAACUGUACCCUGCUGACGUGUUCCCUGAGGACUUCUCCAUCCUGGCUACGGUGAAGCCUAAGAAGGGCUCCCAGUCCUUCCUCUUGUCUGUGUAUAACGAGCAGGGCAUCCAGCAGCUGGGGGUAGAGGUAGGACGCUCCCCUGUCUUCCUGUAUGAGGACCACACAGGCAAACCCAGCCCAGAGGACUACCCUCUCUUCAGAGGACUCAACCUGGCUGACGGAAAGUGGCACCGAGUGGCCAUCAGCGUUCACAAACAGAGCAUCACCAUCAUCCUGGACUGUAAAAAGAAGACCACGCAGAAACUGUCCAGGAGCCCACACCCCAUCAUCGACACCAAAGGAAUUGUGGUCUUCGGAACUAGAAUACUCGAUGAAGAAGUCUUUGAGGGAGACAUCCAGCAGCUGAUGAUUGUAGCCGAUCACCGUGCUGCGUAUGAUUACUGCGAGCACUACAGCCCCGACUGUGAGGUCCCUGUCCCAGAGCAGCCCCAGGCACAGGACCCCAACACCGAUGAAUACAACACAGAGGAGGACAGCUAUUACUAUGAGUAUCCUUACUAUGAGGACACGGAUGGGAAGCCUUCUGAGACUGAGACAGACGAAGCAGCUGGACCUGCCACGGAAGACGUAAAGGUGUCCGUGCCAGAGAGCGGCCGUGUCGUCACCUCCGUCAAAGAGGUGGUGUCAUCAGUAAGGGAGACAGCCAGUCAGGGAGCCGAGGGCAAAGUGUUGACCAGUACCGCCAAUGCUGAAGCUGCCGCUGCUGCUGGAGCUGGGGAGGAUACCAGCCGCUACGACAACUAUGAUACGGAAGGUUACGGCAACUACGAGACGUACUACGACGAGUCCACGGCCCUGCCCGACGUCGCUCGCAGGGUCACCAUCAGCAGUAGCAGCAUGGGGACGGGCACAGGGGUGGAGCUGGACUUGGGGUCAAAGGUUGACCUGGGCACGGGGGCGAAGAUUGAGAAGGUCAUCACCACUAGUGGAGGAUUCACCAUGACACGCAACAGGACCUCAGGAGCAACAGCCUACGAUGGGAACUAUGGCGAGGGCUAUGACCUGUCCUAUGGAGAGGGAGAGGAGGAUGAGUACGGAGUCGGCGGAGGUGGCCACGGCAGCAGAACCAGCAGCAGCAGUACUGUCGAAAUCGGUGCCGGUGGGGGAUCCGUAUCAGUCGGGGGCAGUUCUGUUUCUGUUGGGGGCGGUUCCGUCUCUGUAGGUGGCUCUGCCAGCGCCGGAGGCGGGGCAGCGAGCGCCGGAGGCGGGGCGGCGGGCGCCGGAAGCGGUGCGUCGAGAGCCGGAGGCGGGGCGGCGGGCGCCGGAGGCGGGGCGGCGGGCGCCGGAGGCGGGGCGGCGAGUGCCGGAGGCGGGGCGGCGGGAGCUGGAGCCGGGGGUUCCGUUGCUAGGGGAGCAGGUGGCCAGGGUGUGAAUAUUGAGGGAGAUUACACUGAUCUGGAGGGUGUUGGGUUUAAGGAGGAGUCCAUCUCUGAGUACGGGGAAGAAGAUUAUGGCUAUGGAGACCUGGACUACGGUGGACAGGAGGAAAAGGUGCUGCCGGCAGAGACAGACGAAUACUAUGGACAGGUUGAUGGGUCUCGAGGAGAGAAAGGACAGAAGGGAGAGCCUGCUAUCAUUGAGCCUGGAAUGCUGGUGGAGGGUCCACCCGGGUCUGAAGGCCCAACAGGUCUCCCUGGACCCCCAGGUUCCUCCGGUUCCCCGGGCAGCCCCGGAGACGCAGGAGAGAGGGGUCCGAAUGGUCGUGCUGGUCUUCCUGGUGCGGAUGGUCUUCCAGGACCUCCAGGGACUGUCCUCAUGCUGCCUUUCCGGUUCAGUUCUGGAGGAGACUCUGGACAGAAGGGACCUCAGGUGUCUGCUCAGGAGGCUCAGAUGCAAGCCAUCAUGCAACAGGCCAGGCUUGCGAUGCGUGGUCCUACUGGCCCUAUGGGUUUGACUGGUAGAUCUGGUCCUCUGGGUUCUCCAGGUGUGUCUGGACUGAAGGGAGAUUCUGGAGAGACCGGUCCUCAGGGACCUCGUGGCCCAAUGGGUUCUCAUGGACCCCUUGGGAAGCCUGGUAGAAGGGGACGUGCUGGAUCUGACGGAGCCAGAGGCAUGCCUGGUCAGACCGGAACCAAGGGAGACAGAGGUUUCGAUGGUUUAGCCGGACUUCCCGGUGAGAAGGGACACAGAGGCGAAGCUGGUCCCCAUGGACCUCCCGGACCCACAGGAGAGGAUGGAGAGAGAGGAGACGAUGGAGAGAUUGGGCCACGUGGUCUGCCUGGUGAGCCAGGACCUCGUGGUUUGCUGGGACCAAAGGGACCUCAGGGACCUCCCGGGCAACUUGGUGUGACUGGAAUGGAUGGCCACCCUGGACCCAAAGGAAACAUUGGACCCCAAGGAGAGCCUGGCCCCAGUGGACAGCAAGGAAACCCUGGUGCUCAGGGACUUCCAGGUCCUCAGGGAGCCAUCGGGCCCCCUGGAGAUAAGGGUCCUACCGGAAAAUCAGGACUGCCAGGAAUGCCCGGAGCUGACGGACCCCCGGGUCACCCUGGAAAGGAAGGACCCAACGGAGAGAAAGGACAUUUGGGUCCCACUGGCUCUCAAGGCCCAAUCGGUUAUCCCGGUCCCCGAGGCGUGAAGGGAGCCGACGGUGUACGAGGCCUGAAAGGAGGAAAGGGGGAAAAGGGAGAAGAUGGAUUCCCUGGCUUCAAGGGAGAUAUGGGAAUCAAGGGUGACAGGGGUGAGCUGGGACCUGCAGGACCCAGGGGAGAGGACGGACCUGAGGGGCCCAAGGGUCGCUCUGGUCUCCCUGGAGACGCUGGCCCUCUCGGACCCAACGGAGAAAAGGGCAAACUGGGUGUUCCAGGGUUGCCAGGAUACCCCGGAAGACAAGGGCCAAAGGGAUCUCAGGGAUUCCAAGGUUUCCCCGGAGCCAACGGAGAGAAAGGAGCAAGGGGACUUGCAGGGAAGGCUGGCCCAAGAGGACAGAGAGGACCAACGGGACCUCGCGGAGAGAGGGGACCAAGGGGACCAACAGGAAAAGCUGGACCAAAGGGUACCUCAGGAAGUGACGGCCCUCCAGGACCUCCCGGUGAGAGGGGUCUUCCAGGGCCUCAGGGGCCAACAGGAUUCCCCGGACCAAAGGGCCCACCCGGCCCCGCCGGGAAAGAUGGUCUGCCCGGACACCCUGGACAGAGAGGCGAGACUGGUUUCCAAGGCAAGACGGGCCCACCUGGACCCCCAGGAGUGGUCGGACCUCAGGGCCCCACAGGUGAGACUGGUCCAAUGGGAGAACGUGGCCACCCCGGACCCCCAGGCCCACCCGGUGAGCAGGGUCUUCCUGGAUCUGCUGGCAAAGAGGGAGCUAAGGGUGACCCAGGUCCCGCUGGCCCGGCUGGUAAGGACGGUCCCCCUGGUCUGAGAGGGUUCCCAGGAGAGAGAGGUCUACCCGGACCAGUGGGGGCUCACGGCCUGAAAGGGAAUGAAGGCCCCGGCGGCCCGCCUGGACCUGCUGGUUCCCCUGGUGAGCGUGGUCCUGCUGGCACAGCCGGACCCACCGGACUCCCCGGACGACCAGGACCUCAAGGACCCCCAGGACCCGCAGGAGAGAAGGGUGGACCGGGAGAGAAAGGACCACAAGGCCCCGCUGGUAGAGACGGUAUCCAGGGACCGGUGGGUCUGCCUGGCCCCGCUGGACCUCUUGGAGCCCCAGGAGAGGAUGGAGACAAGGGAGAGAUUGGAGAGCCAGGCCAGAAGGGAAGCAAAGGAGACAAAGGUGAACAUGGUCCACCUGGUCCUACAGGUCCCCAAGGCCCAGUCGGAGCGCCUGGUCCUGCUGGAGCUGAUGGAGAGCCCGGUCCUAGAGGUCAGCAGGGUCUGUUCGGCCAGAAGGGAGAUGAAGGAGCCAGAGGAUUCAACGGACCCCCAGGCCCAGUGGGACUGCAGGGAUUGCCUGGUCCCGGCGGCGAGAAGGGAGAAACCGGAGACGUUGGUCAGAUGGGUCCUCCCGGUCCCCCUGGCCCCAGAGGCCCCUCCGGACCCCCAGGAGCUGAUGGCCCUCAGGGACCCCCUGGUGGUAUUGGAAACCCUGGUGCUGUUGGAGUGAAGGGUGAUUCAGGUGAAAGCGGAGAGCCUGGUCUUCAGGGAGAACUUGGCGGACCUGGCCCAAGGGGAGAGCGAGGAGAGAAGGGAGAGGGCGGUCCUGCUGGCUCUGCUGGACCCCCUGGCCCUAAAGGUCCCCCUGGAGACGACGGUCCUAAAGGAAGUCCUGGUCCAAGUGGUUUCCCUGGUGAUCCUGGUCCCCCUGGCGAGAUCGGACAGGCUGGUUUAGACGGUCCUCCUGGUGACAAGGGAGACGACGGAGAGGCUGGUCAACCUGGUUCCCCUGGACCCACCGGAGAGUCUGGUCCUUCUGGCCCACCAGGAAAGAGAGGCCCCCAUGGAACAGUUGGACCCGAGGGCAGGCAAGGAGAGAAGGGAGCCAAGGGAGAGUCUGGUUUGGAGGGUCCACAGGGAAAGACAGGCCCAGUUGGUCCUCAGGGAGCACCUGGCAAGCAAGGUUCGGAAGGUCUCAGAGGUAUCCCUGGCCCAGUUGGGGAACAAGGUCUUCCGGGUUCUUCAGGCCCUGACGGACCCCCUGGACCUAUGGGUCCUCCAGGAUUACCCGGUUUGAAGGGAGACUCUGGUAUUAAGGGUGAAAAGGGCCACCCUGGUCUUAUCGGUUUGAUCGGGCCCCCAGGUGAGCAGGGAGAAAAGGGUGACAGAGGUCUGCCAGGCCCCCAGGGAACAUCAGGACCCAAAGGAGACAAUGGAAUUGCUGGCCCCUCAGGUCCUCUUGGUCCCCUGGGACCCCCAGGAUUACCUGGUCCUCCUGGACCUAAAGGAGCUAAGGGAUCAUCGGGUCAAACUGGUCCCAAGGGAGAGACUGGUGUUCCUGGACAACCAGGGCCUCCUGGUCCUCCCGGUGAUGUCAUCCACCCGCUGCCCAUGCAGUCGAAUUCCAAGAGGAGCCGCAGGAACAUCGACGCCAGCCAGAUGAUGGAUGAGGCCAACGCCGACGCCAACUACAAGGACUACGACGACGGCAUGGAGGAGAUCUUCGGAUCCCUCAACUCCCUCAAGCUGGAGAUCGAGCAGAUGAAGCACCCGCUGGGAACGCAGAGCAACCCUGCCCGCACCUGCAAGGACCUGCAACUCUGCCACCCCGACUUCCCCGAUGGUGAAUACUGGAUCGACCCCAACCAGGGUUGCUCGAGGGACUCGUUCAAGGUCCACUGUAAUUUCACAGCAGGAGGAGAGAGCUGCAUCUACCCUGACAAGAAGUCUGAAGGGACUAGGCUCACAUCCUGGGUAAAGGAGAUCCCUGGCUCCUGGUUCAGUGAAUUCAAACGUGGUAAACUGCUCUCCUACGUGGACGCUGAGGGCAACCCCAUCGGCGUGGUCCAGAUGACUUUCCUGAGGCUGCUUAGCGCAGCCGCACGCCAGAACCUAACCUACAACUGCUACCAGUCGGUGGCCUGGCACGACCAGGAUGGGGACUCGUACGACAAGGCCAUCCGCUUCCUGGGGUCCAACGAUGAGGAGAUGUCCUACGACAAUAACCCCUACAUCAGAGCCGUGGUGGACGGCUGUGCGUUGAAAAAGGGCUAUGAAAAGACAGUACUUGAGAUCAACACACCAAAGGUGGAACAGGUGCCUUUUGUUGACAUAAUGUUCAAUGAUUUCGGCGGAGCCACGCAGAAGUUUGGAUUCGAAGUGGGUCCUGUCUGUUUCAUCGGCUAAGACUGUUUACUGAACAAAAUGGAGAAAAUAAACAGCAUAUUUGUUUUGUCAAAAACAAAACACAUGAAAUGAAUAGGACAAUUUUUAUUUGUGUAAAACAUUCUGCGUUCAAUAGCAACAAGUAUGAAUAAAAUACAAAAAUUCAAGAUGAGAAUACUAGAAUACAUUUCUGUAGGAUUUCGUGAGAAAUAAUUAAACGAAAGAGCAACCUUGCAACCUCAGUGUGCCUUCUCUAUCACAUGCAAGUUUUGAAACUGGAUAAGUUAGAUACUACCGACCCCUAUCUUCACCCCUGACCCGUAUCUCCGACCCGAAACCUCCACCCGCUCCCAGUGCACUUGAUGUAGAUCCAGUCUGCCUGUCCAACGCACCCGAGGCAAACCUUUACCUGGAAUUCCACUGGGUUCAGAAGAUUGCCAUGGACUCCAUCCCAUUCGGCAGUUUGCUUCAUUGUUUUGUUUUGAUCUCUUGUUUUUUUUUUUUUUUUUAAUCUCCCUCUUAUCUCCCGCUUUGAAUAUUUUAUUAAUUGGUUCAUUCAUUCGCUCAUUCAUUCAUUCAUUCAUUUCUAAAAAGCUUUGUUUUGUGCAUAAUUGUCUCGCCGUUCUUCUGAAUGGAGCUUAUAUAUAUAAAUAUAUAUAAAUAUUUUUUUUUAUGUUUGUAAGUACUUUCUGUAUAUUUUUCCAGGUAAUGUCGAUUGAUUCUGGCUUCAAAACGUGCAUGUGACCUUUUAGGAGAUGAUGGUUAUUGGAAUACAUCAAAUUUGCAGAUACUGAAGUGAGGAAUUGAAUGUGUAAAUUGGAGAAUAGAUGAGGAAUGCUUGUCUUGUUGCUGGUUGUGAAGCACACCUAAUUGUAAUUUAAGAACCGAAUGAAAAUAAAAGUUGGAGAAAAAAAACUCUGCAUUACUAUAUGAGAGUUGAUUUGUAGAAAACAAAAUGUGUCAAGAAAACAAAAUACACAAAAACAUUCCUCCUCUCCUUGUGUCCUCCUGAACGAAGUGCCUAUUUUGGUGGCAUUUGGAGAUUUUAUUAACUUAAUCAACUGUCUUUUUUACAUCAUUUUUUUCCCCAAUACUUCACUAUCUCUGAUCUAUCAACCUAUAUAUGCAACGUGACAUGUCACAUUUCAAUGAAGCACAGGAAAUCAAGACUUAGGUGCUAUUUUCUCUCUGUGGUGCUAUGAUAUUUUCUAGUUUGUUAUUUUGAAAGUACAGUCAUCUGAUGUUGGUGAUGUUAACCUGUCACCAUGACUACCCUUUCUGCCUCUGACCCUCUUAGCCAUUACCUCUGGCCAAAUAACAUCUUCACUGCAUUCUUAUUUAUGUCCAGGGGUGUUUUAAUGCAUGCCAGUUUGCUUCAUAUUCAUUCAUAGAUCAAUGCAGUAUAUUAUUUGAUGUACUUCUCUGCUUCCAAGGCCCACUUAGUAACUACUCUACCAGAGUCUGAUCAUACUGCAAUUUACUUAGAAUGUGUUAAUUGAAAUAAGAUUGUACUCGAAUGCCAAAUGUGGGUCUAAUUUAUCUAACUUUCUUAGAUGUCUUUAAAAAGGAAAGAAAGUAGAAGCGAUACUGCAAUGUUUCCAUAUCAUGGUUCCAAGACUUGGUGCAUUUUGUGGAUGGAUCUCAGUGAUUGGUGUUAUGUGUAAUGGAUCAUCUUUUUCCACUUCGUCAAGCUUUUUCAUGCUUUCCUUUUUCAGGGGUGGGGUGGAGGUGACUGGUUUGGUACCUGAAAUCCUCAACUCUCUUACCAAAGGUUUUGUUUAUACAUAGCUUUAAGUUUCUAGAGGGCCAUGAAUCGAUUACAUAGUUUGAAAUCCACUAUUGUUUUAAAAAUGUGACAGAAUUUUCAAAUGAUGAUUAAAAUCAGAUGUAUCAUAUAAAAGAAAAACAUCUAAAAAUAAAAAAAUAUUAAUUAAUAAAAAGGAAAAAUGUAGUUUAUUGUUCAUCAGAUUAGCCAGUUUAAAGGAAGAAAAGCCAGAUGAAAAGCUUGUUUUUGUAUUGUUCUGAUUUACCUGUUGGUUUACUUCCUAUAGCCCCUAGUUAUCCCCUUUGUACAAACUAUGCACUCUGCCUGCUUUUUACCACUACAACAUCAUCACUUUUUACUGUCCUGCAUAAGUAGCUUGAUUUUUGUUAAGUUUGACCGUUUUUACCUUCUAGAUAUGUGACUUGAAACAUUUCUGUUAAAAUAGCUGAAUACACUUAUUGAUAAUCGUUUUAAAAUUUUCAUUUCGAUAAAUCAUGCCAAAUUUAACAUUUUUGCUCUCAAUACAAGGACAAAACAAUUUUGUAAAUUUUCAGAACCAGCAGUCAAUAAAGUUUUUUUUAUUUUAUUUUUAUUUUUUACAUUUGUCUGUUCAUUCAUUUGUUUUUACGGUCUUGUCAAACCUGUGUAAGAGAGGAUAGGAGAUGGUGUUUUUGUCAAUAAAUUCAAGUUUACUGUG